AUGUACUCCUGUGCAAACUACCCUCGUGGCUGCCGUGGCCGCGUGAACACUGAGGGAGGCAGAUGCGCAGAUUGCGUUACUGCAAACCUGCGUCGUCCAGCUUCUCCUUCUCCCUUCUCUCCCCUGCGCGGACAGCCAAACUACAGACGUGCUUGGGAUGUUGAAAAACCUGCCGAGUCCAAGGAUGAGGAGAAAUUCUAA